AUGCCUCUCAGUGCCAGAUGGACACAGAACGGUAUCACCAUCACUGGAGGUCACGGAAUAGGCAAUGCAUCCAACCAACUUUAUUACCCUUACGGUCUCUAUGUGGAUGAUGAUCAAACUGUCGUGAUCGCUGAUCAAUGCAAUCACCGUAUUGUGGAAUGGAAGCCUAAUGCCACGAGUAUUCAAGUGGUGGCCGGUGGCAAUGGACAAGGAAAUCGAACUGAUCAGUUGAGUAGACCAUUAAGUGUGAUUGUCGACAAAGAGACAGACAGUCUCAUCAUCUGCGAUACGGGAAACCGACGAGUGAUGCGAUGGUCUCGUCGAAGUCGAACAAGUGGAGAAACCAUCAUAGACAAUAUCGAUUGUUAUAGCUUGACAAUGGAUGAUGAGAGAUUUCUCUACAUCUGCGAAUAUGAAAAGGAUCAAGUGAGACGAAUGGGACGAAUGGGGGAUGUCGAUCGUGUGGGAGAGACGAAUGGAAAAGUGGUGGCGGGUGGCAAUGGAAAAGGUGAUCGUCUCGAUCAACUCAACUCUCCUAGGUGCGUCUUUGUCGAUCGAAAUCAUUCUGUCUACGUGUUGGACGGCAACAAUCAUCGUGUGAUGAAGUGGGUCAAGGGUGCGACAGAAGGGAUUGUGGCCGCUGGUGGUCGAGGCAAAGGGUCUUUUCUGACCCAAUUGUCGACUGCGAACGGAGUGUUCGUCGAUCCGUUGGGCACACUCUACGUGGCAGACUCUGAGAAUCAUCGAGUGGUGCGUUGGUGCAACGGAGCGACACAAGGAAAUGUCAUUGUUGGUGGAAACGGUGAAGGGCAAGAAGCAAACCAGUUUAACUGUCCCAUGGCUUUGUCAUUCGAUCGACAUGGCAAUCUCUAUGUCGUCGAUUGGCUGAAUCAUCGAGUUCAACGAUUCUCAACAGAAGCGAGUUGA